AUGCAAACUCUUGAAAGCUCAAUAAAGCUAGAAAAGAAACUGGGUGAAGGUACAUUCGGCGUAGUCUACAGAGUUCUGUGUGGGAAUAAGCGAUUUGCUCUAAAAAUAGAAAAAACUAAGGGAUCGCUGGGCAAUGAGAUUAAGGCUCUCAGGCAUCUUUCCCAUAGCUCCAUACCCCCACUCCAUAGCAUAGGUCUUUACAAGGGAUUUGCCUUUAUAAUUAUUCCGUUGUACAAGAUUUCUAUGAUUCAAAUCAUGGUCACCCAACGUGAAUUCUUCAACUCAAAAGCCUUGGCUGCGAUUGGUUGGAAUAUACUCAACGUUCUUGAGUAUAUUCACUCAAAAAACAUUAUCUACAGAGAUCUAAAGCCUGAGAAUAUAAUGCUAGGUUUUGAUAGUAAGAUUUAUUUAGUUGAUUUUGGGCUGUGCGCUAUGAAAGGUAACAGCAUUACAACUAGAAGGAUGGUUGGGACACCAAGAUAUGCAUCCAUAGCAACACACAAAGGGCUGCCUCCUGGAUUUGAGGACGAUCUUGAAUCUUUGUUGUAUGUUCUACUAUUUUUGAUGACCGGUGAUCUGCCUUGGAUUAAUGAAAAAGACAUUGCGAAGAUAGAAAAAUCGAAGGAAAGCCUUCGGUUAGAGUACGUCAUAGAUAUUAACGAGCACAAACAACUUUGGGUUGAAUUUAUGAUUUCAUUGCGGAAAUUAGAAAUUGGUGACUUCCCAAGCUACUCCAACCUCAAAGAAAUACUGAUAAAAAUUGUAAAAGACAAUGAAGGUGCGAACAGGUUUACAAAAUGCUUGUCGUUAUUAUUUUCGUGUUGCUAA